AUGGUUGCUGAAGUGAAACUUACUGGUGAAGAAAGACAUGCACGUCUUAGAUUGGAUGAUGUGUAUGAUGCUUACAAAGAAGCAACACUAGUAGGAAGGUGGAGCAAAGAAAAAGAAUGCCUUAGGGAGAUUCCAAGGUACAAGGAGAAAGUUGAAGAAGGCAUUAGGAAGGUGAUAUAUGCUAGUUUGGAGAAGAAAAAGACGGUUGAGGAGAUUGUGAAUGAGAGCGCGAAGUUGGUGAAUGAAGUGAAGAAGGUUGAAGAGAAAAUUGAGGAAGUUGUUGAAGAGAAGCAGCAAGUGUUUGAGGAAGUUCAGAAUCCACAAGCAAACGAAACCACAGUGCUAAUCACUGAGGUAACUACUCAAUCUGAUACUUCUGAUCAAAUUGAUAAAACUGAACAACAGUGCAAGAAAUGCAUGGAAACAUGCAGUGCUUGUACUGAAAAGGAUGAAAAACUUAAAAUCAGAGACAUUGAAUUCACCAAAAUAGAAAAGAUUUUCAAAAAUAAAAGUCAUGAAAUGAUUGAAACUGUUUGCAACGAAUGUGUUCCAAAAGAUAAAACAAUUCAAGAUUUGCAAAAGGAAUAUGAUGAAAUGAAAUUGUCAUAUCAUACUGUAAAAGAAGCGUAUAAAACUUUUAAAAGUAAAGUCAAAAGUUUAGACGAUAGAUUGUGUGCUUGUCAAAGAAACACUAAGUUUCUUGAAGCUAGAUUUGAAGAUAAACAAAGAGUUUUAAACCAAUAUAUUGAUGAUGUUGCUAAGCUUAAACAAGAAUUGGCAGAUAAAGAAAAGUUGGUCAAUAAAUUGCAAAGUUACCAUUCAUCGUCAUAUAUUCUGCAACGUAUUUUCAACAUCACACCCGAUGGGAAAGAAUCAGAAAAGAACAAAAAGGGAAUUGCGUCUGAAUACCAUCAGGUUCUCAAGAACUUUGAAAAAUAUCAAAAUAGAGAUGAGAGCAUCCUGGCACGAGCAGAGGAGGCUGCUGGUCCCUGCGUCUGA